ACCUUAAAUGCAGCCUCUAUAUCUGUUAUGGACCUCGUCUAUCAUUACCUGUACAUUUUUUCCCAUCGUCAGGGUACGCGGAGAGCAGGUCCAGCUGUCCCCCAGAGGCCGUACAGACCGUCAGAAACUGUAUCAGCUCGUCCAUUCCAUCCUUCGCUCCCUCAAAAAAGUACAACCUGAAGAGGGAGAUAGAGAUCAUGUGGGGAGCCUGUAGGUCUUCCAGUCUUGCCGAGGCCUCUAACUGUGUGAAGCGUGUGAUGGACAAAUGUACCGGGAUGACAGAUGAAGAACAGAACCUGCAGAGGCUGUUCAGUCACAAGGACAUAGAGUACACGUACAGAUACUUCUGUGACAAUUUCGAUCUGUAUGAAAAACACAUAGGAUGUAUUCAAGAUCAGCACCAAGCUGCCACUAACUGCUCUCGGCCUCAGAUGGAGAGCUUUCGAAGGAAAAUAACGGCCAAAUCUCCUAUUGAGGUCAUGAUAUUGUCUAGUUGUUCCACCCACCAGAUAAUGACUGAGUGUUUGUUAGAACCAGUGAACCAGAAUUGUGGAGACAGCGCCGCCAUGUUCUUAGAACACAUCACGUUAAACCAGCGUCCACCCGUGUGUCAUCCUCUGACGCCGAAAUACAGCAGCCUUCAGAAUGAUCAACCUAACAGCGCCACUACAUCCGCUGUGACGUCACGGACCAUAUUUGGCGCCGUUUUAUUUAUCUUUGUUUGGAAUUUAUUGCCCCUCUGACUUAUCUCAAGAUAAUACA